AUGCUUGAAGAGGAUCGUUUCCUUGAAAUGCACGCCGCUUUUGGAAGAUAUUUUCGAAUGCGAAUGCCUCGAUAUGGUCGCGAUAUGGCGUUUUCGUUGGAACGUAGCGAUCUUUACCUUGUUGGUGCUAGUAGCGAAGUGUAUCGUUUGAAUUUGGAGUUAGGUGAAUGGCUAUCGCCGCUUCAGACCAACGGCACCGCAUCGAACUGCUGCCAGUUUGCCGAUGCUCACCAGCUUUUCGUGUGUGGAACCAGUGACGGUCAAGUAGAAGCAUGGGAUCACCGAGAUAAGUCGAGAGUUGGUAUUUUAGACUGUUUACUUCCUUUGAACGAAGGCGGGUUGCUUUUUAGUCGAAAUAUUGAAAUCACAGCUUUGAGCUUUCGAGAUGCUCUGCGGUUGGGAGUUGGAACCAGUACUGGCCAGGUAACUUUUAAUAAGAAGAAUUAAGU